CCUCAGCCAAAAAUCCACCACACCCCUUCACGAAAAACGCCGAGCUCCUCCUCUCCAACGCGCACGCGCUCUCUGUGUCCUCUCCCCUACUCCCUCCAACAAUGGGCGGUUGGGCCAUCGCUGUCCACGGUGGCGCCGGUGUCGAUCCCAACCUCCCGGAGCGCGUGCAAGAGUCGGCCAAGGAACUACUAACCCGAUGCCUGAACAUCGGCGUCGAAGCCCUCAACAAGAUCGACGUCGUCCGAGCUGGUCGUCAGGAGUUGGAAGAGCGAUCGCCGCUGUUUCAAUUCCGGGCAGAGGGAUCGGCCUUAUCCAGAAGUGGGACGGUGGAGAUGGAGGCGAGCAAUAUGGACGGCAGGGGGCGAAGGUGUGGGGCCGUGUCGGGGGUGACGACGGUGAAGAACCCGGUGUCGUUGGCCAGGCUGGUGAUGGAGAAGUCGCCGCAUUGUUAUCUAGGGUUUGAGGGGGCUGAGGAGUUUGCGAGGGAGCAGGGUGUUGAGAUUGUCGACAAUGACUACUUCAUCACCGAGGAAAAUAUCGGCAUGUUGAAGCUAGCCAAAGAAGCAAACACCAUCAUGUUCGACUACAGAAUCCCACUCCCAGGAGCAGAAACAUGCAGCCUAACCGCCGGAUCAGUGAAUCAACACCACCGUGACCACAUGAACGGGCCUUUCCGUCACCAUGCUACGCCCCCGAGACGCGGAACCGAUAUUUCUAAAUUCAAACAGAACUUAGGUUACUCUCCUGAUCUGUACUAUGAGCAUGGGAUACCGCUAUCUCAAUAA